GCCGUGAAGAGGAUAUAAGUCAUGGACAACUGUGAUUUGGAGAAGCUCAGUGUCUCCGGAGGGGAGCUCCAACCAGCCUUCACACCAGAAGUCACAGAGUAUAAAGUGACGUUAGAGAGCCAUGUCAACAAUGUGACCCUGGACCUGGUCACUAGUGAUUGCGGGGCUUCGUAUAGUAUUGUAAGUACUUCCUGUGUGAUUUAUAACAUCUGGUAUCUGGUAUGAAUUCAAAGAAAGUGUAUAAGCUUGCACUUCCUCUUUUAUUUACACUGUAAUUUCAGCUCUUUGGUAACGGCUCCAGCACCAUUAAACUACGUGAUGGGUUAAACAGAGUGGAGGUUGAGGUAGUGGCUGAGGAUGGGACCAUAAAGAAGUACUGUGUGGAAAUCACCAGGCUGUCUGCAAAGAUAGCACAACUCAGUGAUCUGGACUUGGAAGGAGAUAUAAAACUGCAGCCUUCUUUUUGUGCAAAAAUCUAUGAAUACAACUGUGAGUAAAGAGACUUCAUUAGACACAGUCGCCAAGUUAUAUAGUCUGACUGAGUGAGGCUUACUAAGUCAGCUGAACAAGAUUCUUUUUUGAGGAAAUAAUAACUCAAAUGUACUGUAUCAUUGUUAUAAUACACAAAAUAUAUAUUUAUUUCUUUUUUUAUAAGCAUUGAAUCAUUACAUCUAUGUUUUGGAUACUUUUCUUUGGGUUCUUAAUUGCUGCUGUUUCUUCUGCUCUUCUUUUUUUUCUGCAGGUAAUGUUCCUUUUUACAAUGAGGCAGUUACUGUGCUUGUCAAAGUGCCAGACAAAAAUAUGAAAGUUACAGUGAAUGGAGAAAAAGACUCUCAACCUCUCCUUCUGAAUGUUGGUGAUACUCUGGUGGAGAUCUCAGUCUGUUCAGCAGAUGGCAGUAAAUCACAGGUACGUUUAAGUGUACUCCUCAGUGUGUUUUAAGGCUUUAAAUACAGUGUGUUAUAAUUAUAAAAAAAAAAAAAAGUAUUGCAACAAACCAGCUUUUAAGUUGACCUUACUUUUAACUUUUUGCUUAAAAGCUAAUUUAAAAUCAUUUUACACCAAGCUUUGAUUUUCUCUUUGGUUUGUGUUCAAAUGUUAUGAAUAAUUAUUGCUCAAGUAAAUAUUAAGUUACAGUAGAGCUGUUUCUGCCAUAUCAGUGGAUAUAAUGCUGUGCUGCACUGUUUACUUCUGCUAACUACUUUUUUGAAAGCCACUAAUCCUAAUGUCCUGAAACACGCCCAGGUGUACACAGUGUUGGUGAUUCGAGAGCUGAAUCCUAUGGCUGUGGCCUUCAGUGAUGAGAAAGAACAGCUGGACUAUGAAUGCCCAGUAUCUCUGUCUGCUUUUUAUAGACCUGUAUCCAUCAACAACAGGUACAUUUUGCUCUAAAUGUCAGAGAAUAUUAUCAGUUGUGCCAAAAGAUUGCAGUUUUAUCUUAUUUGGGAGCAUUGCAGAAUAUUUUAUUUCAAAGCUAGGGUCACACAGCUCAUAGAACUGUGAAAUUAGAAUCUAAAAUAAAAGAAUUUAACAUACAUCAGUUUAAGCAUGCACAAUCUAAGUUUGCCAAUGAAAAAAAGCCUUUCUUUGUUUUUUGAUUCAGGGCAUCAGUUGGUCUUUGGAGAUAUAGCAAUUGAAAUUUAACAUUUUGGACUUGAUGUUAAAUAACUAUAUUUUACCAAGUGUCUAACUUCAGUAUCAUAGAUGGCUAGCAUCUUGUUUUAUCAGUUCACUAGAGCUAUCAGUGUCAUGCAGGUUCUCCUCUUCAUUUGCAGCAACCCGAAGCACAUCUUUUCGAGGCCUUAUAUUGAGAUGCUUGCACGGAGAUCAAAAGUUGACCCACUCAGCUCAUGCACUCUGGGAGAAGGCUGGAAGGUUGUUGAGCUGGACCUUGAUAAGAAGAUGUCAGCUGCUCUGGUCAAGUGUUUCUUUACUUACAGAGGUGAAACUCAGGUCCUCACUCCUCAUAUUGAUUUGUGUGAAACUGAGCUACUGCUGGGGCAAAGCCUGUACUUGUUGAGUUAAAGGUCAGUUGGUCAAAUAAUAGACCCCAGUCUUUGAGAAAAAGGCUUGCUCACAUCCAUAAAACAAGGCAAUAAAAAAUAAGCUAUUUCACUGCUGUCAAAGGGUCUCUCUAGCACUGUUUCACAGUUAACUGUCCCUCAGAGUAACGCCUUCUUUUAUUUCAUCACUAUUAAUAUAAACUGAAUUAUUUCUUAUUCUAGAGCAACUCUACCUAAGACUGCUUCUCACCUUCACCAUCAAUAUACUGGAUACACCCUGCCUUACCUUUCUCAGCAGUCCUGAUUACACUGGCUAUACUAUCACGUAACAUGAUGAUACUGUGGACAACUAUUAUGUCGCUGUAAUGAGAGGGAUACUAUUACUUAACUAAGGCUUCAUGUAUCUAGCUCCUGUGUGAGUUUUAUGUAAGCCCUCUUCGAAUUCAGCUGGAUUUGCCUACUGGUCAAACAAGUACACCAAGGUAGUUCUGCAGAUUGUUACUAUGUAUAACAUUGUAUUGGACAACAAUUAAUAGUAGUCUUCGAUGCUAAAUUAAAUUUUAUUUGCCCUAACUUAGUUUGCUCAAUUGCCAGUGUUUGUAAGAAAAGCACUUUGAUUUAAAUGUGUAAAAAGACAUUGUUAGUUUUGGGCAACAUGAAUGGACAUAUGAGUACACCUCUACUCUUUUUUUCAUUUCCCUUUUCUAAACAAAGGAUGUGACUGUGUCAUGAAGCUGUCUGAGCUAGGAUCACACUGCCUACACUGUCCCCACAGGCCCACAGGGGACCUGGAUGCAAAGGUCAGUGUUAAAGAUUUAAAAGUGUCUUGCAUUGCCAGAAUCAUUGCUAUCGACCUUGACUCUGCUCAUCCUUUAUUCACAAGACAGCGCUCCCAACACAGAGACAACGUGUCGGAUCAGUUCUCACAAAGUAUACAUUGCUGAUGCAUAUAACACAUACAAGAGUCAAUAAAGCAGUAUGAUUGUAAACAAUAAAUGUUUUUAUGAAUUGGCAAAGGUGUAACCCAAGCUUUUAAACUUAACAGAUUCACCAGGUUUGUCCACACAGAAGCUUUGAUCCUUUAUUGAUCAAACCUGAUAUAUGUAUUUCCUCUCUGCCCCUGAUUCCCCCUUUCCUGAUGUUUGUUUCCAGGAUGUCACAGAGACAAGUUGGUAUAAGCAGCACUUUGCAUCAUCAAGUUGUUUGGAGGUAGAAACAAAACAUCAUUUUGAGGUAAUACAUUUAUGUUCUUGGCAUUGUCAGAUUGUAAUCGUGGAUCACUCAAAUAACUUCAAUACCAUUUAAUAAAACAAGAUCACAUCUGUUUCCCUGCUUGGUCUGUUGUACUGUUUUGGAAAAUAAUAAUUUUCUUUGUCCACCAAAGUUGCGUAGUUGGGAGGAAAGACUGCAAAUGAAAGCGGGAGAAGACAAUGUGGAGAAAUUGUGUGCCCUUGCCCAGGAUCACAUGAAACUCUAUUGGCAGAACCUACCCAAACCAGGUGUGUAGCACCUCCCAAACCAACCAGUUCUCCAGUACACUCUCCUCUGACCUUAUAGAAAAAUCACCAUGCUCCUUUCUUAUUUUAUUUCUUUUUUUUUUUUAAUACAAGUUUUUAUUGAACUUUUCAAGGCUCAGUACAUGGCAAACUUAUGAUUAAGAGUUAACCAUGACAGCCUUCGCACAUUUUUUGUCUCUAAAAGGGCAAAAAAAAAAAAAUGUGAGUACAUAAUAAUAUAAACUAAACAUCAUAUCUGUACACACACUCACACCAUAAAGACAUGUUACAGUAUUACCAGAUUUCCCCUGGUGGAAGUACAACGAAACAAGAAAACCAGAGUCCUGAAUCCUCGUGGGGGUUAUUAUUUACCUUUAUGUAGUUAUGCACCUUUCUUUAAAGUUUAAAACCAUAGUAACAAAGCAGGUACCGUGAUGGGAGUCUUUUUUAUAUAUAUAUUUUUAUUCUCCUCACUGUUAAAUUGUGUGCAGUAUAAUAUUUACUCAUAAAAUACUUCUUAGGCUGUCUUUAAUACUAUCUAAUUUGACAGUAAGUUUGGGGACUUCUGUUUUGCACUCACUAAACAAUAAACAGCUGCAUACUGAAAAUUAACUUUAGGCGACAAUACAAAAGAGUAGUUUCUCUCACCCUAUGUCAGCACAGCGGCUCAACUCCAGCCAUUAAAAAAUACAUGAAAAGGGGCGAGUUUGCAGUCUCCCCAGAGCAUCUCCCUCUAUCUGGCGUGCCAGGCACUCAUGUUACUCCUCAUCUUUUUUCAGCUACUUGUGCCCUGCUAAUUGUUUGAUGACUCUAAGAAGCGACACAUGAGACUGUUCCUAGAGGACUGAAUGAAAGUCACAGGAACUAAAUGAAAUAAUGACAGCACAGGGUGAAUCAGAGAGAAAAUAAGUUGAUAAAGGAAAGGUACAGUUGAUUUUCAUCUCACUAAAUAACAUAUUCUGUCACUUAAUCAGGGUACAUUUACUCCAUGCAACAAGUUGGAAUCAAAUGUAUAUUACUUAUAAUAAAUAAGAGGAAAAAAAUAACAUUGACUGUGGUUAUGAGGUAAACAGCUUUUUUUCUGUUUGUUUUGUAUACUGUUCAAUUGACAAACUAGGACAACAGUACACUGUGACAGAUAAAUGAGCACUCCUGCAUAAGAAAGCUGAACUCAAUUAAUAUUUCAUGCAAAAAGCACAUGCAGUCAUUUGUAACUGAAAAAAAGAAAGAAAGAAAGGAGUUAAACUUGAGAUGCUUUUAAUCUUCAUUACGUAGUUAACUGAUGUUAUGUACUGGAAUGGAGCAGAAACACUUUUUCAAACAGCAGCAUAUCAGAGUCUUUCAGAGGAGGGAGGAAAGGAACUGUUAAUGCUGCUGUUUCUGAUUUCUCAUUAACAGUUACCCAUGCAACAAAUUUUGUAAUGUUUUGAACAAAUUGAAAAUAAAAUACUUUUUCUAUGUACACAUAAGACUUUUUUCUCUCAAAUAUUGUUGACAAAUUUGUCUAAAUCUGUGUUAGUGAACACUUCUCCUUUACUGAGAUAAUCCAUCCACCUCACAGGUGUGGCAUAUCAAGAUGCUGAUUAGACAGCACGACACAGGUGUGCCUUAGACUGGCCAUGAUAAAAGGCCACUCUAAAAGGUACUGUUUUACUGUAUUGGGGGCGUACGGUGGGAUAGAUAACCAGUCAGUAUCUGGUGUGACUACCAUUUGCCUCAUGCAGUGCAACACAUCUCCUUCACAUAGUUAAUCAGGUUGUUGAUUGUGGUCUGUGGAGUGUUGGUCCACUCCUCUUUAGUGGCUGUGCGAAGUUGCUGGAUAUUGGCAGGAACUGGAACGUGUUGUCGUAUACACCGAUCCAGAGCAUCCCAAACAUUCUCAAUGGGUGACAUGUCCAGUGAAUAUGCUGGCCAUGCAAGAACUGAUUUGUAACUGAUUUGUAACUGAUUUUGUAAUUUGUAACUGAUUUGGAGGCGGCUUAUGGUAGAGAGAUAAACAUUCAGUUCACGGACAACAGCUCUGGUAGACAUUCCUACAGUCAGCAUGCCAAUCACACACUCCCUCAAAACUUGUGACACCUCUGGCAUAGUGCUGUGUGAUAAAAUUGCACCUUUCAUUGCAGUCUGUCUAAGGCAGUGGUUCUCAAGUCCAGUCCUCGAGGCCCACUGCCCUGCAUGUUUUGGAUGUUUCCCUGCUCCAACACAUCUGAUUCAAAUGAUCAGCUCGUUAUCAAGCUCUGUAAUGGCUUAAUAAUGAGCUGAUCAGGUGCUCUAAGGCACACCUGUGCAAUAAUCAUUCUGUCUAACCAGCUUCUUGUUAUGCCACACCUGUGAGGUGGAUGGAUUAUCUUGGCAAAGGAGAAGUGUUCACUAACACAGAUUUAGACAAAUUUGUCAACCGCAUUUGAGAGAAAUACUGUAGGUCUUUAGUGUACAUAGAAAAAAGUCUUAAAUAUUUGAGUUCAGUUCAUGAAAAAUGGGAGCAAAAACAAAGUGUAAGUGUAAGAUUGUCUGAAACUGGAAAGGCAUCAUGAUAAUAUUUAACGCCGUGGUCUAGUGUUUGUCUAAGUUUUAAGCCUUUCGAAAAAAGAAAAAUCCUUGUGGGUUACAGAUUUUGCAACUUCUUUUUAAAGCAGAAAAGUAAAGCAUUUAUCUGUUUGCACUGUAAAUGAGUGCUGCAGUCUUACUUUAGUGGUCAGUAGAAAAACAAAUGAAGUCGGUUUGUCAAAAAUGUUUUUCCUUCCAGAUUUCUAGCUUUUAUUUUUUUAUUCAGAACAAUCCCUCACUACACCCUCUCUUGAAUUGAUUUUUUUUCUUGAUGAAUGUAUUAGCUAAGAUUUGAGAUUUUGCAGGGUUUUAUACAUGCCACCAAUUAACUGGUGGUCAGAAAAUUCUGAUAAAGUGGCAUUGCAGUGACACUGAUGAUAAACUCCUUUUACAACAGCUUUUCCCACUCAAUUUAGCUCAGACAUCUCAAGAUGAGUUGAGACUGGCUCGUACAUUACUGAUAUUAUAAUCAGAUAGUCAUGACAGACCCACUGUGUUCAGCCAAGGCCUUCAUUCUGUGAAGCAACUAUAAACCUCAAUCUGUUGUUUCAUGCAUUAAAAUCAAGAAACAACAGGAGUCCAGAGUAGUUGUGUAAUGUCUGUUUACCAUAUACCACUCUAUUUAUUUUUGUAACAUCCACAGGGGACAUUUUGCAGUAUGAGGAAGGUCAGUAUCCUCUGUAUAGCCUGGAGCAGGCUGCCGUUCACCAUGCGUCAGCCAUCAGACUCAGCCCCAGAGAUCCAAGACUUCACUUUCUUCUGGGUGUCGUUCUGGAGGAGCAGCACUAUGCAAAGACGAUGUAUGGCCUCCAGAAGAAGGUUGUGACUGGAAAUGUUUUGAAGAAAGUGCACGUCCUUUCAGUGAUUCCCAGAGAUUUUGAUAGAUCAUUUAUGGUUGUGAUUAUUCUAAGCCCCCACACUCUUGAACAAACUAUUAGACUGUACAGUAUGUAAAAUAUGUCUCAUAAAGGUGACGUUAUAGAAACUUGUGGGGGGGGGAAAUGAGGUUGAGAUAUCAGGAGCACACACUUUUUCAGACACUGUUUCCAUAACUCAGAUUUGCUUUUGAAAUUCAUAUUGUUUGACAUAUGACAACUGUAAAGAUCUGUUUAUCAAGUCUAAGAAAGCUUUGAUUGAUAUAAUGGUACUGUCAUACAUGGACCACAACCAUUGCCAUAGUUUUCAUCAAUGUGAAAACAAAGAGAGGCAACCCAACCUGUAUUCUUUUCCUUCUCCCAUCUCCAGAAUGACAGAGACAGAGAUGAAAUAAGUGACGCCAAAUCAACAGCACGUCAGGACGACAUCCUGGCAGUCUGCAAGCUCCAUGGUUUUUUGGGCACACCAACAGUCCAGAACCAGCUACAGGCUUUGGAUAAAGAGUACCAGCAGCUCAGAGAGCAGGGGCAGUCCAGCAGAGCAGAUUAUGUUCAGACGCUUUACAUCUGGCUCUCCAAGAAAACUGGAAAAGUAACUUCUGACAAUGUUUUUAAGCUGCUAAGCUUUGUGUUUACUUUGUCUGCUAUAAUCAAAACCACUUGUGAAAACCUGUCAAAGAAUCUGAAUGGUGGGAUACUUUUCUUCAGAUUUAGCUUUCCUGACUUUUUACAGGCUGUUAGUUUUGACAUACAAAAUGUCAAAAUAAAAAAAGGGAGCAAAAGUUCAUCCAAACUAUACUGAUCACAUAUCAAGUGCAAUCAAUACACUUGAAGCUUUAGUGUUCUUUAAGGUUGAGCUUAAAGAACACUAAAGCUUUCUUUUCUAUAGCUUUUUUUUCUAAAGUGUUCUUUUAGGUAGUGAUGAGAAAAAUAAUUAAAGGCCAGUAUAAAUGUUCAGGUUCUGUCUCUGUCUUUGCAGACAAUCUAGUUAGCUCCUUUUCUUUUGGACUGCCAGGGCAGUGCCCUCCAAUCAUUUCCUUCUACCAGAAGACCUGCUGUAUGUCUGACUAAUAGGAUAGCUAUCUUACCCUAUCUGCAAACUGUUCAUCCUGCUCUAAGUCUACACACUUAAAAAGACAAUCUUUCUUUGCUCUAUACUCCUUAGACUUCUAAGGGUCAAACCAAAACUAAUUAUAGUCACUUUAAUCAUUUUACAAAUUAAGAGGAAUUUUGAACAGCUGAUAAUUACUCAAUUUUUGCUAUCAAUAGCUUUGUGACCUCUUUCGAAAUGGAGCACUAAAAUCAUCAUCGGUCGCAUUUAUUUAAAGCUACUGUGAGAAACUUUCAUUUUGUGUUGCUCUUGUGCCUAGCAUCUCCUGAUGUUGUCCACUACACUGUAUUAUUUUCCCUUAAAAAGUCGUGCUACCUUCUUUUAAUGUCCAUCCGCUCUUACUAGAAGGAUAGCAGUGCAGCAGUGCAAGAUGAAGAAAGCUAUGUUCAUCGAGCGCUGAUCAAGUACCUGGAUGCCUGGUCUCUAAAUCAUGACAGCUGGGAGUAUAACCUGCAUGUAGGGAGACUGCUGCUGCUUCAGGGGAGGAGCAGGGAGGCCCUGCAGCACCUGCAGAGCAGCUUGGCACUCCGCCCCCUGCUUCCUGCUCUCAGGUCAGGUCAUGGAAGUACUGUUGAUCAUAUAAGUAGAUAUAAUAUGUUGAAAUGAUUCAAAAUGAAUGUUAGUUGAGGACCUUACACUUUAUAUGACUGAUAGACAACUCUUGGUAUAUAACAGAAGAGAAAAAGUCAAAUUUGUGGCAAAGCCAUGAUGUGUCUGACAAGUGAUCAAACUUGAAACUGUUUCAAAUACUCACAGACAGCCAAUAACAAAAAAAAAACAGCUGUUUGCAAAGUACAUAUUUAGCUUCUUUUAAAAUCUGAACCUAGCUUGUCUUACUCUUUAAAUGUCCAACCUUACUGCUAUCAUUGUUGGACAUCAUGUCAUUGUAACAGGAAAUAAAAAAAAGCAGGGAGAAUGAAGUAACACAGGUGAGGUGAGGCCUGGGGGUUCAACAGGAGUUUUUUGUCUCUCUCGCUCUCUCCUUCUGCAUCUCCCUCUAUCCUCUCACUCAACCCAGUGUAGCAGUGGCUGAUGACUGUCUGACAUGAGUCUGGUUCUGCUCAAGGUUUCUGCCUGUUAGAAGGAAGUCUUUCCCUGCCCCAGUUACCUGCUAAAUGCUGCUAUGUGUUACACUCUGGGUCUGAUCUUACAAGAUGGAGUUGAGUCUUAUCCCAUCUUUACAUAGGGCCUUUAUAAAUAUCAUUAAGAGUAUUGUCCAGACCCUUUUUUUCUUGUUAAAUGUCUUGGUAUAACACUUGUUGUGAAUUGGGACUAUAUACAUCAAGAUUAAUAAAAGAUUAAACAAGGAAAACUGGGUCUUUAUUCAAAUGUUGAAAUCAAAGAAUCAGAGCUACUUUUUGGUCUUAACACCUCUCCUUUAUUUCUUUUGUUUUUCCAGAUUCUUCACUGGGUUGGCUCUGCUGCAGCAGGAACAGAAAGCCUCUGAGGAAACAGAGAAGGAGGCCGCUGUGUUCUUACAGCAGGGACUGGAGCACUUUAUCAGCCAGCGCUGCAGCAAGAGGUUGUGUGUGUGUGUCUGUAUUUGUGUGAAAGGAGGUGGAUGCGUUUAGCUAGAUAAAGAGAGUGUGCAGGCAUGACAGAAAAGUAUUGAACUAGUAUGUUUUUUUUCAUAGAUUAGUUAAUAAAGACAGUCUUCUUGUGCAGGUUUCUCCUGCUGUAUCAUGAAUAUAGUACUUGUAUCUGUUCAAGGUCACAUUUCAGCUCAAAGUAGAACAGUACAUUUCUUCUGUGAUUUCAUCGUGCUCAUUGUUGCUUGUGUUUCUUAUGUUUAUGUCAUUUCUGCUACAGCUGGAUACAACAGGAUCCUUCAGACCCUCUUUCCAGCCUCAGCACACAGUUUCUGCGAGGACUUCUCACUCUGGGUCAUCUGCAGCAGAGAAAUACUCUUCCUGAAAAGGCCAUGAGUGCAGAACAGGUCUAUCACAUGUGAGUUUCAAUCCAGGAAGUUAGUUUAAAAUAAAUUGUGAGAGAUUUUGUAAAUCGGUGAUAUUGCCCCUUUGUGCGAGUGUGAUAUCUUACAAGUAGCUGUAGCUGUCAAAUUCAUCUCAAAUGUGUGAUUCAAAGAAAAAAAUCUCAAUAUUCACACCAGUAUGACCCAGUUUAAGUCCUGAGCUUUACACAAAAACGCUGUGUCCUCUUGUCUCUGUGCUGGAAUUCUUCAGUGUAGCAGUGUUGGCUGCCCAGAGUGUGAGUCACUGUGUGUGUCGUGGUGAGACGAGCGGGCAGCUGGAGUGGGUGCUCUUGGAUUCUCACUUUGCCUUGCUGCAGAGGCUGAUCCAGCAAGGUGAAGGCCAGGCCAGAGCUGGCACCCAUAGGCAAUCCCUGGUGGCAAAGCGAUGCCAGGCCCUGACUGCUCUCAUACAGCUCACAACUAUCACUCCCUGCCAGGAGCUGCUGGACAUGCAAGAGAAGGUGAAAGAGGAAAUCUUGUUCUUGAACAGUUUGUUCAAGUACAAAUGCCUUUUCUGUUGUGCAAAGUUGACAGUACUUCAGAGCUCUGCUAAACUUUAGGUCUGCCUCCUCUACUGAUAUGUACAGGUAUGCCAGCUAGCAGUAGUGACCACACCGCGGGACAGCCACGCUCUUUGUCUCUUGGGUCUUGCGCAGCUGGUUCAAUAUGACAACAACCCAAAUUCGGACAGGUCCAAAGAUGUACUAAGUGAUGCCUGCCUCAGCUUCCAGGCCAGCAUUGAACUGGAACACAAAUCUCAGAGUGGGGAGGCACCUGAACAGCUGAGCAGUGAGUCUGUCUGCCACAGUUUCUGAUGUAACCUCAAGUCAAGUCUGACUGGCAGAGAAGUGUGUCCUUACAUGAGGUUUUUCUAACUUUUCAACCGCCUUCUGUUUUCUCAGAACAAAAGUGGUGGCAGGACCAACGAGAGGCUGAAGACCAGAGAGCUGCCAAGCAAUCUGUCACCCAGCCAGCAGGAGUGAAGGGGUCUUCUGACACCAGUGGGGCAAAGAGCCGAGCCAGGCAGGGCAGAGGAGGGCCAGGUCCAGUGCGAGUGGCAGCAUCUGUAACUAAAGCUCCAGCUCCUGCUCCCCCUGCCCCCAUCAGAGGAGGGAAAGCUGCUCGGCCUCAAGCAAAAGCCCCCGCAGCUAGGUGAUGCAUGCAGGUGGCCUGAGACAAGUCUGCCUGUUUUGUGGACUCUCUGUGAUUUUCGUGAUUUUCUGUAGCAGAUUAAUCUCACUAAGUCCUGCUGCACACUUAUGUCAACACAGUAUUAUCACUUUUUUAUGUAGUCAACUUGACUGGAAGAAAAUAUUGGUUUGUAUUCAAGAAAAAGAUGUAAGAAUAUUUGACAAAUCCAUCAUGUUUAAAAAUUAGCACUGAUAAAAAUGGGACUUGUGUUAUGAUAUCCUUGUAACAUUUAUGGAUCCUGGUUUAAAACUGUCUAGUUUUGAUGAAGUUCUGAGCUGUCGUAUUAUCUUCUGUCCUGUAGGGGGAGAGCUGGAGCAGUAGCCAAGCCUAACAGAUCAGCUAAACCUUCUAACAACUGUACUAAACCCCAGAUCCCAACUAGCAAGCCUAAACAGGACUCUUGUCCCAGUACUGUUGAGACUGCAGAAGGUAAAGCAUGAAACAAGAUUUCAGAGUCACAGGCAGAGUCUGGAGAGCAUCUUUGUCCUUCAAAGCCUUAGCUUGAAUUUAUCUUUACAAAUUUAGUUCUUAAAUCUUGCUGUUCUACAGUUAUGCAAAAAAAAACUGUGGGUAAAUUUUCACUGUAGUCUUUUAAUAAAAAGAAAGAAAGGGAUAUUGACAACAAAACGGGCCACUUCACUCUCUAAUGUAAAAUUAUGUUGUAAAGGAUUCUUAAGAAUGUGAAUAAUAGUCUGUCCAAGCUUAAAAUUCCCCACCACAAACAAACCCAAAUUUAAAUAAAACCUGUAAAAAAAUGUGGGUGAAUGUGAUGAAACACAGCAUCAUUUCUUUUUAAGUUCAGGGACUUCAUAUACAUUUUAUUUUUGCAAGAACAUGGUUGAAACAUUACUGAAGCGUAUUACAUUCGCCUACAAAUAAUAAAGGAAACAGUUUUUUUUUUUAAUAAUUUCUUUUAUUUGCUGUUUGUCAGACUCAUUUUUGUCUUCUUUCUUUUUUUCUGACUUAUUUUUUCUUCUGUUUAUUGUACUAAUAUAUUUUUCCCCCUCUUUCUGUUUUUCGGGCAAAUUUCUAUUCUGUUUUUUUUUUUUUGUACUAUUCAUAAAAGCGUAUGUUUUUAAAUGAUCAUGAUCCCAGAGCAUAGAAAAAACAAUUAGUCUAAAAAAAAAAAACACAAAAAAAACAGACUGAAAAACAGAAAAAUAAGUCAAACAGAAAAAAAAAAAAAAAAAAACUUUGAAAAACAGAGCUUUUUUUUUUUUUUUUUUUUUUUUUUUUGAUGAAUGCAAUACACUUCCUUACAAAGUCAAACAUUAACCACUAUCAAGCACAAGUUCAGUUUCAUUUCAAGGAACAAUGGGGUCAUUCUGGGCCUUACAUCAAUACAGAAUGAGAUGAUAUAUUAACAGACGUUAAGGGAUGAUUAAGCUUUAUGUGUUUCAAAAGUUGUUUCAGAGCCUGCUGAUGCAGACAAAGUGAGGGGGUCCAGACCAGUGAACCGCAAGUCUCAUAUCUCUCGGCUGGGCCUGGCACGUGCCCUCACCCGCUCUGCAGACACCUGUGAGCAGGCUAAGCAACUCUAUCAGGAGGUGAUCUCCAUGGCACCAGGGGUUAGUUGUUGUUUCAGGCGUAUUUUCAGAUAUCUUAUUUACACAGAAGAAUGAACGGUUAUCUAUAUUUCACCUUUACAAGAUUUCUGGUAGUAAGUAUUUCCAGUAGAUGUCAGAAUAAGAAAUGAUUCAUGAACUAACUGUUUAGGUCCAUGAUGCCUACAUCGAGCUUGUUCAUCUGCUGGAGCCUUCGGACCCUCAUGCUGCAGUGGAGGUUUAUUGCAGAUUCCCUUUUCAGCCAGUGGCCGAGCAAAGCUUCGAUGACGCCUUCAUCACAGGAGAGAUUGUUCGCAUGCUGGUGUCACUGGAGCAGUUUGAACAUCCGCAGCUGGGACCAAGCCUUGUAGCUCAUGGCAAAGUCAUGGGCUUAGGUGAUUUUUUUGUUUUUAACUUUUAUAAAUACCUCAUUUAUGUAUUACUUUUUCAAGAUUAAAAAACUCAGCAUUAGUAUAUUUCACAUAAAUACCUUGCAUUUGAGUUUUGCUAAGCAAACAAAUAAAUGUUUGAAGGAAUCAGAGAAUCAGGGACAGGCAUGAACACAUUGGAAGAUGGUCAGCUACAGAAAGCUUUUGACUGAAAAUAAUCAUUUUAUUUUCCAAACAGAUCAAACUGGGACUCUUAUUUGCAAACGUUUUAUCAAAGUAGUCGCCUUAUUAUUUUUUUUUUUUUGAUAAUUUGUUAAAAAUACUGAAUUGAACUCAUUCAGCCGGAUCCAUGUGACAUCCCAUGACAUGCUAUUAAUAGAGAUGUAUUAUAUGCAACUGAUGUCAUGCCUAUUUGGAUAGUGACAUCUCACACCACUGUGUCUUGUGACAUAGUACAUAGAGGAAAAAAAUGUAACUUGAUAUCAGAUAACUGAACAGGGAAAAAGGAAGAAGACAGUUUAGAUAAUUAUCUUACAGGGUUCAAAAUAUUACAAAACAUCUCAUAAGGACAUUCAUCAAACUAAGAAACACCACAAAUAAUUUAAUCUUUAUAUGUUGAAGUGUUUUAUCUGUGACUGUGUUAAUGUAGUUCUCUGUGGCUUUGUUUGUAGGUUGCAUAGAGAAAUACAUCGACAUCCUGGAUGAAAAGGGCAUGACAAAGCUGCUGAGGAAUGUGUAUGCAAAGAUCCAUGAUCGACAGGAAGACGAUCAGGACCUGCAGGACUACUUCAGGUUCAAAUGCUGGAUAUGAAAAUGCCUGCAACCAUCUGACAUGUACCUGUGUUUAUCUAUUUGAA